UGUGCCCUGUGGAAGGACAACGCCUGCUGCACCGCCAACACCAGUUUGGAAGCCCACCAAGACCAGUCCUACCUGUACAACUUCAACUGGGACCACUGCGGGGUGAUGCCGCCCAAGUGCAAGCGCCACUUCAUCCAGGACACGUGUCUCUACGAGUGCUCCCCCAAUUUAGGGCCCUGGAUCGAUCAGUCGGACACGAGCUGGAGGAGGGAGCGCAUCCUGCACGUGCCGCUGUGCCGGGAGGACUGUGAGCAGUGGUGGGAGGACUGUCAGGAUGCUCUCACCUGCAAGGACAACUGGCACAAGGGCUGGAACUGGACCACAGGCACCAACCAGUGUCCGCGGGGCUCCCGGUGCGGGACGUUCCGCGCGGUGUUCGGCUCGGCGGCGGCUCUGUGCGAGCGCAUCUGGUCGGGCUCGUACCGCUCCAGCGCCUUCCACCGCGGCGGCGGCCGCUGCAUCCAGCUGUGGUUCGACCCGGCUCAGGGGAACCCCAACGUGGCCGUGGCUCGCUAUUACGCCUACAACGCAGCCCCCAGCCCCCCGAAACCCCCCUCCCGGAGCGGAGCGUUGGCGCUGCUGCCCCUCGCCCUCCUGGGCUUGUUCUGAGUGGGCACGAAGGGGAUGGGGUUGGGGUCCUGGGUAACCCCCCCCUGCCCGCCCCCCGGUGUGUGUCCCACGGUCUGGGAUGAAGGGGGCGGGGGAAUAAAGGCUCCUGUUGCA